AUAGUCAUAGACAUAAUUGAGGCUCCAUCGGAUCAAUCUUCACUCCGGAGCAAGAAGAAAACCGCGAUCAGGAUUUCGAUAUCAGUCCUCUCGAUCGAAUUCAGAUUUCAGAGGUACGUAAUGAGAAAGUGCGAUCAAUACGAGCGAGUAUUCAAGCUCUUCGAUUCAAACAAAGACGGCAAGAUAUGUCCGGCAGAGCUGCGGCACUGCGUAGGAUCGAUCGGCGGCGAGAUGAGCGAGGAGGAGGCGGCAGCGGCUGUGGCGCUAAUGGAUUCGGACGGAGACGGCCUGCUGUGCGUGGAGGAUUUUGUGAGGAUGAUGGAAGAGUGCGGAGAAGAGGAGAAAGCCGGAGAUCUGAAGGAGGCGUUCAAAAUGUAUGAAAUGGAUGGAAGCGGUUGCAUUACGGCGAAGAGCUUGAAGAGAAUGCUGAGCAGAUUGGGAGAGCGGCGGAGCGUUGAUCAGUGCGUCGGUAUGAUUGCCAAAUUUGAUCUCAACGGCGAUGGCGUCCUCAGUUUUGAGGAGUUCCAGGCUAUGAUGUCGUCGUCCUAGCUUCUAAUUAACUAACUCAUUAUCGAUUCGAUUCACUUUCCUUAUUAGCUUCGAUCUUGUUGUGUCGUCGUCGUUAUCGUCAUCUUAUUUUUGUACAUAGAUUAGAUUAGAUUCAUUUUAUUCAUUCCAUUCCAUUCCAUUCGAUUGGUUGUAUAUGAUAUGAUAUAUACGAGCACAGCGUGCAGUCGCUCUGUUACCCUACUCGCAAUGUAUUGUGCUCUUCCUAUGCCGACCAAUCACCUUUCGCCAUGUGUAUUUAAAUUUUUUAUUUUAUUUAUUUUUUUGUUUUAAAAAUAUACAUAGCGAAAGAUUA